GCAGCUCAAUUGGUUAGAGCGUGCGGGAGUAGCACAAGAUUCGACCCAUCCUGGCGUGUUCAAUUUACUCAUCUUGGUCUGGACAUGGAUACUUGUCUAAUAAUUGAAGACAGUUGAAAAGUCUGCUCUCAGAAAAACAAGUCUUGUUCACACACUAAUCUUAUUCCUCAGGAGGAGAAGCAAGCAGCAUAGGAAAAACAAUAAUGGGCCAGAGCUUCAGCAAUCUAAACUGGAAUUGUGGGAUUGAUUGUGCUAAACCAAGAAGCUUACCUUUACCAAAUUAUAUCCCAGUUGAGAUCCUGGCCCAGAUUUUGUUGUUCCUUCCAGUCAAAUCCCUUAUUCAGUUGACACCCAUCUGCAAAUCUUGGUAUAAUCUCAUCAAAGACCCUCAUUUUAUUUCUGCACAUCUUAUUCAUUCUCUGAAUAUAGCUAAGAAUAACACAAAUACUAGUGAUGAUCAUAGGUAUUUGCUAGCUACCCCUUGUAAAUUUAAGCCUUUUGGUGAUAAGUACUUUUGUUUUGUUAUUCAUCCUGAUAAUAUGAAGGUUCUUGAAAAAUGGGAGCUUCCUAUUUGUACUAGGAAUAUGAAUGUUGAGGUGGUGAAUUCGUGUAAUGGACUACUUUGUUUGACAGAGUGCUAUCCUAAUGCUUUUGGCCAUGUUGUUUAUCUUUGGAACAUGUCGAUAAGAAAAUUCAAGACUGUAGAAAACUCCGAGCUGAAUCUUUAUAAUUCUAUUGUUUUUAAGCGUGUCACGGGGUUUGGGUAUGAUUACAUGGCUAAUGACUACAAGGUUGUUAGGAUUCUUUACUUUAAAGAGGAUGUGGCACCUGAAAUUGAGGUCUAUAGCGUAAAAAUGGGAUCUUGGAGAAGGAUUGGGGUCGAUGUUGAUUUUAUUGCUCAUUGUAGUUCGGCUUCAGUGCCGUUUGUUAAUGGAGCUCUUCAUUGGAUGGCUCAACCCUAUAGGCUGGGGAAACUGGGGAAGUAUAUGUUUCCGGUGAAUGAGUUUAUAAUGGCAUUUGAUAUUGCUGAUGAAGGAUUUCGAAAGAUGGCACUCCCUCUGAACUGUUCUAGAUUAGAUGCUAGUGUUAUGGACUUUAAGGAAUUAUUAUCUUUGUAUGUUCCAUUUCGAUCUGCAGAUCACAUAUUUGAAGGGUGUUAUAUAUGGGUGAUGAGUGAAUAUGGUGUCACUAAAUCUUGGUCGAAGUUAUUUACUAUCAAUGUCUCGGCACCUAUGAGAGUCAGGCCACUAGGACUUACGAAGAAUGAGAAGCUUAUGCUUGUAAAGGAUGAGGAACAGCUGGUUUCACUUGAUCUUCAGAAUCUACAAGCUCAGGAUCUGGGACUUGAUGCAUGCUUGUAUGCUGUGGAUUGUUCCUACAUGGAGAGUCUUGCUCUUCUUGAUCAAGGAAUUUGAUUCAGCAAGGUCUGAUUAAAUCCCAGAAACAGUAAAUUGUGAGGAGCCUUGUUCAAUGACUGAAUGCUUGGUUGAUUCUUCACGAUUAGUUUUCCAGCAGAUUAAUCUGUUUGAUUGGAUAAAAACCAUGCGCCUCGCAGCACCUACUAGCAUGCAUCACAUCUCCGAUAUUCCCCUGAUCAACGAAAAUUUUACGUGCAACGACAACAGAGUUAAUAACAUCAUCAUUAGGAUGGAAAACUGACAGAACCUCAAAUCCUCUAGCUCUAAGAUCACCAGGAUCAAUCACUGGAUACAGAAAACCCCGUGCGCCAUGCGCGCUUCGUAACAUCAGAAUCGCUCCUGGAGCCAUGUACUUGGCCAGAUGAUCAAUAACGCCAACCUUCUCAUUCUUGUCCAUCCCCACCAGCGCAGCCAAAAACACAACCUCAUAGUCUUGCAAAGCACUUGUGACAUCCAUCACGUCAGUUGUGUGGAAAACCAUCCUUUUUGACAGGUCAGGAUUAGAUGAGACUAAGCGACUCGCCUUUAAAUUGGCCAAGGGAUCGAUGUCAUAGUUGUGAAAACAAGUGUCUGUGAGAUGGUACGAGGCCAAGACAAUCGAGGUUAGAGGGAGGGGACCAGACCCGAGAAAGGCCAAGCGUUUCAGGACACCCUUUUGGGGACAGCAGUGUUGGCUCAAAAUGGUGAACUCAAGAAGGCUGAGCUUGACGUAAUUGGAGUAGUAUGGGAAGAGGUUGAUAUGGUCCAAAGGGUUGUCAAAUGCGCCUAAUAUGGAAGAAAAAUGGGACUCGAGAAGACCUUCAGCUUCGCCAGAGAGCCUAAUAAGCUUCGAUCUCAUUUCUUGAACUCCUGAACAGAGCUUGGUUACAUCAAUGGAACUUGGUGGGAUGCAAGUGAGAACAAGUUUGGUAAAGAGAGUGUUAGCAUCUUUGGAAGGUUGGAGAUUAUCGAGUUUGGAAAUUUUGUCAUAGAGAUCACAAAUUGUUUGCACUAAAGGAUCAUGAUUCUGGCAACCCAUCUUACACUGGGGUGAUAUGAAGAUUUGAUGAUGAGUUUUAACUCUCCAAAUGGAAACUAGUUAGUUUCUUGUAGGAAACAAUAAUCUGUCUCUAUUUAUUGACUCUUGUGUGCCCUCAUACACUACUAAGAUUCUAAUAUAUGCAAGUUGCCGCAA